UGGGACUGGAUGCUGGAUGUUGGGUGUCACCGCUAGGUAUAGUCUGGGAGUGUUUCCUGUGGCACACACACCUCAUAUGGCUCCGGUGCGCAAACAUGUACAAAACACACUCGAGCACUCGAGAGCACACACAGAUGUCAAAGAUGACGCACAUACACACACACAAAUACACACACACAGCAAUAGAUCACAAACUGACAUCAUAUCAUAGUGCAUAGAUACUGUAGCACACAUACUGUGCUUAUGUACACUGACGUACUGUAUGUGUGCAAAAAACAUAUGGAAACAAUGAAUAGGGAAUAAUAGGGACAAAUUUACUCUCUACUCACAUGUCAAUCAGAAGUGUCUUCUCAGCAUAUGGAUCAUUAGUUACGAGCGUACACACAACUGCCUGUCACCAAUAUGUAUACUACGAGUACUAUCAAAUACACAUACAAUACAGACACACACACAUACACACACACACACACAUUAGAGUGGAUUUACACUCGCUCAGGGGCAGGCUACGGCUGUGGCAUGUGCCUCCUCAGAUCCUCUCGGCCGCCUGUCAGGAAGAGAGCUAUAUUAAUAGCUGUCUGCACUGGUUCUGAAGGUAUGACAACUCUUUAACUGUUUCCCCUUCCCUUUCCCCUUCCACCCUUGGUCAGUUGGGCCCACGUUUUAUUGUUCUCCGCCGGACAGGCCUAAGGAGGAGGUGUUUUCCACACUUUUCACACUCUUUGUCUCUGCUGACACGCCAGCCAAUUGAGCGAUUGUGAAAAUAAACAUGAGGCAUAUAGAUCCAGGCUUCACGCAGAUGCAUAAAUAAGCACUGAACUGCCAGUCAAGAGUGGCGAGGCCUCGCUGAAAGUUACGGAGAGUUCCUGCAGUGUUAACUAAGACCAACAUUCAGUUUGAGGGAUGGGGAUUGCUGUUCUCUCUGGUGAAUGGAGAGCCGGCCCUGUCACAUGUGUGUGUGUGUGUAUGUGUGUGUGCCAGACGGAAGACUGAGGCCAGUUCGGGCUUGUGCAUAAGGCAUAGAGUAUGUAUGUAUGUAUGUAUGUGUGUGUGUGUGUGUAUGUGUGUGUCUGUGUCUUGAGAAUGGUGAAUAGGUGUGGCAUGCUGUGGAGGCACUGUGGGAUAGGGAGGAGGGAUUACAUGAAGUCACCAUUUAAUGGAGCGCAUUGGCAGUUGGCCAGCGGCAGUGCCAGAAUCCAACCAGGCAGCUGUGACUCCACCCUGCUCAGCCUCCACCCCUAACUUAUCCGCAGCCCCACGGAUUGAUACACUGAGUGAGAGAGAAGGUGGACCUGACUGAUGUUUACACUGAGCUCAAAACUGGGGUGCACCUGGUGCGUCUCUUGGAGCUCAUGUCCGGCAAAUCUCUGAAUGCCCCAAAUCGCCGCACACUGCGGGUCCACUGCCUGGAAAACAACAGCAUUGCCAUCAACUUCCUCAAGAAAGAAAAGAUCCGAGUGGACCUGAUUGGUCCUGAGAACAUUGUGGAUGGAGACAGAACACUGAUCCUGGGCCUAUUAUGGAUCAUCAUCCUGAGGUUCCAGAUUGGAUCCAUCAACUUAGAUGAGGUGGACGGCCAUAACAGCCUUGCCCGUCGAUCCGCCAAAGAGGCCCUUCUUAUCUGGUGCCAACGCAAGACAGCUGGCUACUCCAACGUCGAUGUGCAAGACUUCUCUGGUAGCUGGCGAGAUGGUCUGGCAUUCAACGCCCUCAUUCAUGCGCAUCGGCCCGACUUGUUUGAUUACCGGCGCCUGCACAAGGACGACCCAAAGCAAAACCUGACUCAUGCCUUCGUCCUGGCUGAGAAGGAGUUUGGCAUCAUGCAGCUACUGGAUGUCGAGGACAUCAUGGUGCCGCACCCGGACGAGCGCUCCAUCAUGACCUACGUCUCGCUCUACUACCACUACUUCUCCAAGAUGAAGCAGGGUCAGACGGUCCAGAAGCGUAUCGCCAAGAUCGUGGGUCUUUUGAAAGAGCUGGAUGACCUGAAGCAGGACUACGAGGUGAUGGUGACCGACUUGCUGCGAUGGAUCCAGGAGAAAGUGGUGCAGCUGAAUGACCGCCGUUUCCCCAACUCCCUGCGCGAGAUGCAAGUCCUGGUUGCCGCCUUCAAGACUUACCGGACCGUGGAGAAGCCCCCCAAGUACCAGGAGCGUGGAGCGCUCGAGGCUCAUCUGUUUGACUUGCGCACCAAGCUCAACGCCAACAACCAGCGAGCUUACGUUCCCCCGGAAGGCCAAACGCUGCGGGAUGUGGAGCGUGAGUGGCUUGUGUUGGAACACGCCGAGCACGGGCGCGAGGGAGCUCUUCAGGCCGCCCUACUGAGGUUGGAGCAUUUAGAACAGCUCGCGCACAAGUUUGAACGCAAAGCAGGGCUACGAGAGAGCUACUUGGAUGAGGCGCAGCGACUGGUUGUACGGCAGGACCCGCAAUCGCAGGACGAUCUGGAAGACGCGCAGGCCAUGGCCAGGAGACUGGAGGCGCUAGCCACUGACGCUCUUGCCCGGGAACCGCGCUUCAGGGCGCUUAGCGAGAUGGCUGCCAUCAUUCAGAGAGAGAACUACCAUAGCAAGGAGAAGGUGGCCCGUAGAGAGCAGAACAUCUCUCAGAGCUGGCAGAAGUUCGUAGAGGGGCUGAAAGAGAGAAGGGCCCUGAUGAGUGAUGUAGUGAACACCCUCUCGGUCCUUAGGGACAUCCAGAUGGCUUCACAGGAUCUCAGUGAACUGCAGAUGCAGGCUGGCUCAGUGGAGUACGGCAAGCAGCUGGAGGAGGUGGUGGAGCUCCUGCAGAAGCAGGACCUGCUGGACGCUCAGAUCUCGGCCCAGGGGGAGACGCUGGGCUCGCUGAGCGCCCGCGCCCUGAAGGAGGGGGCACACCGGAACGCGCGACAGGUGCAGGCCAGUGUGCACCAGCUCCAGAGCCAGUACGGUGCCCUGCAGGCCCUCAGCAAGAAGAGGAGGAGGGCUCUGGAGGAGCAGCGGGGGCUGUUUGAGUUUUAUUUUGACUGUGAGGAGCUGGAGGCCUGGAUCUACGAGAGGUGGAUCCUUCUGGUGACCGCUGGCCUGGGCAGAGACCUCAGUCAGAUCCUACAGGCUCAGCAGAAACACAAGGUCCUGGAGGCGGAGGUGCAGUCCCAUGAGUCUGUGCACGCCGCCGUGGUGUUGCGUGGGAAGGAGCUCUGCAGCAGGAAGCCGCCCAGUGAGAAGGCCAUUAGGAAGUGGCUGCUGACACUAGGACACCAGUGGGAACAGCUUAGGGAAGAAGUGACCAAUCACAGAGAGCGUCUGCAUGCUGCCAGUGUCAUCAAACAGUAUUUCGCCGAUACGGCCGAGGCCAACUCCUGGCUGGACGACCGCAGGCCCAUCUUGGCCAGCGAGGAUCAUGGGAAGGAUGAGUGGAGCAGCGACGCUCUACUGCAGCGCCACCAGCGCCUGGAGAAGGAGGUCGGCGCCUACACUUCAGAGGUCAAGCGUCUGGCUGAGCACGCCAGGAACGCUGCCCAGAUGACCGCUCUAACUGUGGAGCCUCAGAAGAGAAAGAUGACUCAGUUCAGUGACUCCUCAAGUGAGGAUGAGGAGAGGGGUGUGAAGGAGCGAGGGAGGAUGGCCACGCUGAAGAGACAGAGCUCGGCACCACAGGCUCCUCCUGAGCCUCAAGGAACCACAGCCAAGAUGAGAUACAAAUACAGAGGACACACGGUGACCAUGGAGCGUGGGGAGAUGAUUACUAUUCUAAACCAGGAGAGUAAGGAUGGCUGGUUGGUGAGAGACACUAAAGGGAAUGAGCAGCUGGUUCCUACUAUGUACAUAGCUGUUCCCAUGUCAGGAGCACCCCCCGUGCCUCAGACCUCCCCACCCACUAACGGGGUGUCUGCGAGCCCCCCGCGGAAGGUGAGUCGCCCCCGCCGCAGCCGCUCCAUGCGCCGGGGCACCGCUGAGAUCUCGGCCAAGUGGCUCCCCGACCCCCACUUCCAGCAGGACACGGUGGAGGAGACCCAGCGGGAGCUGGAGGAGGACUACCGCAGCCUCGUCCAGCUGGCCCAGUCGAGAAAGCAGGCUCUGGAUGAGGCCGCCCAGUUGCAUCACUUCUACAACACGUGUGAGGAGUUUGAGUCGUGGAUGGAGGACAAGGAGCACAUCCUCAACACCUUCACUGCCAACACAGACAGUGUCGGGGCAGUGCAGGCCAAGUAUGAGAACUUCCUGACAGAGCUGGCCAGUGGGAAGGGACAACUGGAUGACAUCACCAGACUGGGGGAGGGGCUUGUGAAAAGCCGCCACAGCAAAAAGCGAGAGAUUCAGACCAAACAAGGGCAGGUGACUGGCAGAUGGGCGCGUCUGCAGAAGUUGAAGGACGAGAAGGCCCAUGAGCUGCUGAGCUCGGCCGACGUGCGCUCAUUCCUCCAGAGCUGCGAGGAGGCCAAGGCGCAGCUGCAGGAGAAGCUGGUCCAGCUGGACAACCCCGACGUGGGCAGCUCCCCCGCAGCGCUACACACUGAGGAGCGCAAACAGCUGCAGGCCCUGAGGGAUAUCGACGCCCUGGAGAGGAAGAUCGAGUACCUGAAGAGCGUGGCUAAAAUGAAGCAGGACUGCAGCCCGGCGGAGAGCGCCGCCAUCCUGGAGGAGGUGCGCGGCCUGGAGGCUCUCCUGCGCAACGUGCGGGCCCAGGCGGUGGAGCGCCAGAGGAGGCUGGAGGAGGCGCGGAGGCUGCAGCUCUUCCAGGGCAGCUCACGGGACCUCCUGCUGUGGGCAGAGACGGUGCGCGAGCAGAUGUCCGAGGAGGAGCAGGGCUUGGACGUGACCUCCGCUCAGGCCUUGCUGGACAGGCACCAGGAGCUGCAGCAGGAGAUCCAGCGGCAGAGGGACAAGCUGAAAGAGUUGGAGAAGCUGGGCAACACUCUGGAAGCCGCAGAGGUGCGGCGGACAUUGGCCCAGCUCGAGGAGGAGUGGACCGGGCUGGACCGCCUGUGGUCGGGCCGCAAGCGCCGGCUGGAGCAGGGCCUGGAGCUCCAGAAGCUCAACCUGGAGGCUGACCGCAUCGAGGCCACGCUCUCGGCUCACGAGGCCCGCCUCAGGGUCACCGACCUGGGGGACUCUGUAGAUAAUGUACACAGCUUGUUGGGCAGGCAGGAUGAGCUGGAGGCUCUGCUUAAUGCUCUGCAGCUGCAGAUCAACAACUUCCAGGAGAAGAGUCGAGAGCUGGUGAAAAAACGCCAUUUUGCUGCCGAACAGAUCCAGGCAAGAUCAGAGAGUAUCCAGGAGAGGAACCUGAGAGUUAGAGAAAGCUGUAAGGAGAGGAGGGGUCAGCUUCUCGCCUCCAAAAAACAUCAGGAGUUCCAUAGAGACAUGGAGGAAAUGCUCCUGUGGAUGGACGAGAAGUUUGAGAUUGCAGACGACGAGUCCUACCGGGACCCCACCAAUGUGCUCCGCAAGCUCAAGAAACACGAGGCAGCUGAGAAGGAGAUGCAGGCCAACCAAGUGCGCUUGGACCGGCUGCUUGAGCUAGGGGAGGGAGUACAGGUGGACAAUCCCUCCAGGAGAAAGGAGGUGCAGAAGACGUGCCAGCAGGUGCGCCGUCGCUGGGAUGAGCUUCAGACGAAGAUGGCCGACAGAGGAGAUAAACUCAGACAGGCCGGUCAGCAGGAGCAGCUCAUGGAACUUCUACAGGAUGCCAAGCUGAAGAUCGAGACCAUCCAGCGGAUGCUGCAGUUUGCGGUGAAGGGUGAGGACCUGCACUCCAGCCGCAAGCUCCUCAAGGAGCACCAGCAGCUGGAGCAGGAGGCCCAGGAGCUCGCCGACAAGAUCAACUCCAUCGUGUCCCGCGCCAAACACCUGGCCACCAACCACUUUGACUCCAAGACCCUCCUGCAAGAGACAGACACCUACCUGAAGCUGUUUAAGUCCCUGCAGAAGCCCUUGGACGAGCGCAGGAGUCAGCUGGAGGCUGCGGUGGAGCUGUUUGGCUUCUACCAUGAUGUGGACCUGGAGCUGACGUGGAUCUCCGAGCACCAGCCCCUUGCCGAGACCAGCAGCUACAGCAAGUCCCUGGCUGGAGCCAUCAGUCUGCAGAAGAAACACAAGGAGCUGCAGGCGGAGGUGACCGCUCACCGGCAGCACCUCCAGCGCAUGCAGGAGCGGGGCAAGGCCCUGAGGAACACCCACACCUGGGCCGGCAAAGAGCUGCAGCAGAGGUGUGGCCAGCUGGCCGAGGAGUGGGAGGAGCUGGAGGAGUCCUGUGACCGCAGGGCCGUCCACCUCAACAAGGCCCUGGCCCGUGAGCAGAUCUUGCUGGACUGUACAGAACUGGAGACGCGAGUGUCCGAGUGCUUGGCCCUGGUCAGUACUGAUUAUGGCAAAUCUGAACCUGCGACGCAGAGCCUGAUCAAACAGCACCAGGGCGUAGAAGGGAAGAUAGAGGUUCUGGUGGCUGAGGUGGAAGAUCUAAAGAGCAGUGUGGACCGUGCAGUGAAGACAAUGGGCCUCGAUGAACUGAACCGCCCCUACAGCCGCAUCCGAAGCCACAUGACUGAACUGGAGCACCUUGCCUCUCUUCGGGCUCAGAAGCUCCAGGAGGCCCUUCAUCUGCACGAGUUCAAGCGCGAGGCCUCAGACCUGGAGGACUGGAUCUUCCAGCAGAGACAGAUCGCCUCAUCUGAGGACUAUGGCACUGACUACAACAACGUACUGCAACUCCGUGGGAAGUUUGAGGUGUUCCGUCAGCAGCUGGAGGUGGGAAUGGAGAGACUGCACAGCUGCGGGAAGUUAGCAGACUCGCUCAUCAAAAACAACCACCCAGAGAACCGCCUCAUACGCAACACACACAACAAGCUCAGGGAACAGUGGGACGACCUGCACACUCUGGCUCAGGAGAGACAGGACAAGCUCCUGCAGUCAGAGAAAUGCCACGGAUGCUACAAAGAGCUGAUGGAUGCGCUUGCACAAAUAGAGGGGCGCUUGAAGAGCAUACCUGAAGACAUCGCAAAGGACCUGCAGGGAGUUCUCUCUCAGCUACGCAAACAUGAGGCACUGGUUCAUGAGCUCUCUCUGAAUGAGGAGCAGCUCCAGGAGCUGCUGGAUAUGGUGGACAAUGUGCUGGGAGCGUGCUCAGUGGAGCUCAGAGCCAAGCUGCAGGAGAAGCAGCAGGAGUUGGUGGUGCGCUGGGAGAAGCUGCGCCUCCUCGUCGAGAAGAGGCUGGAGAAGCUCAACCAUGCUCGCCAAAGAUACCAGUUCCUCAACACCGCUCAGGACUACACCCUGUGGAGUGCCCAGGUGCUAGGAGGUAUGCGGGCGGAGGAGUCCAUCCGGGAUGUGGCCACGUGCAAGCUGCAGUUGGACCAGCACCAGCAACUCUGGGCAGAGAUAGUGGCACGGGAGCAGAGCUACACCCGCGCACUCGCCAUGGGGGAGGAACUACUGAAGCUGGACCCCUCCCAUGCCAAAGAGGUGCGUGAGAAGCUGAGCUCCCUGAAGCAGGACAGAGAGGAGCUCCAUGGCCACUGGAAGGAGAAGAAGCGUUGGCUGGAGCUCACACAUCAGGAGCAGGUCUUCUACAGAGACUCCGAGCACCUGGACACCAUCUCCAACUCACAAGAGAUUCUGCUGAAGAACAGUGAUUUGGGCAGUGCAGUGGAUGAGACAGAAAGACUCAUCAAACGUCAUGACGCCUUCCAGAAACUUCUCACCACUCAGGAGGAAAAGAUGAUUGCACUGCAAGAACUGGCUAGCCGUUUGCAGAAGGAGGACCUCAAGCGUGAGAGCGGCAAACGCAUCCGCAACAAACUCAACGCCCUCGAGGAGAGGAGGCGACGCAUCCAGGAGCUGUCCGUCAAGCGCGGGGAGGACUUGGACAUGUCCCGGCUGCUCUGCAUCUUUAGUCGGGAUGCUGCUGAGGCAGAGGAGUGGGUGUCGGAGCGCAUGCAGAAGAUGCAGGAGGACACCAAGAUGGAUCUGAGCAACCUGCAGACCAAGAUGAAGCUCCUGCAGAAGCACCAGGUGUUUGAGGCCGAGAUCCUCGCCCAUAGCAAGAUCAUCGAGUCUGUACAGAAGGCUGGGGAUGAGCUGAUCUCACUGUACCACCCGCAAUCUAAGGAGAUUCGCUCCACCAUCACGGCACUCAUCAAACACUGGGAGGCGCUCAAACUGGCUGUGGCGGCCAGAGGGAAGGUUCUAGAGGACAACCGAGACUUCCUGGAGUUCCUGCAGAAGGUGGAGCAGGUGGAAAUGUGGAUUAGACAGAAGGAAGUGAUGAUAAAUGUGGGUGAUGUUGGAGUGGACUAUGAGCACGGCGUUCAGCUUCUGAAGAAACUUAACGAGUUUAGAGGAGCAGGGACAGGGGAGGUGACUAUGGACGAUGGGCACAUCAGAGCCAUCAGCAACCUGGCCGCCCGUCUGGAGAGGCAGAACUGUGACGAGCUGGAGACAGUGAAGAAGAGGAAACAGCAGCUCAACGAACGGUGGAAUAAUUUCCAUGGCAACCUGAGCAGCUAUAAGAAGAGGCUGGAGGGAGCCCUGGAGGUGCAUGCCCUCGUUAGGGAGCUGGAGGAAGUACGCGACAGAGCCAACGAGAAGAUGCUGCUGUUGCAAGACGGAGACUGUGGCUGGGACGUUGAAAGUGUCGAGGGUUUGAUUCGCCGACAUGAGGAGACCGAGAGGGAGGCCAGGGUGAUCCAGGAAAGAGGAACAGCUCUGGAGAAGGAUGUGAAGGGGCGCCUGAGGGGUCAAUCAGAACUGACAGACAAACUCAAACAGAAGCAGACGAAGAUGAACACCACACUACUGAACUUGGAGAAAGAGGUCAAACUCAGAAAGGAGCGCUUACAUGAUGCGCAUGAGCUGCAGCUCUUCAAGGCCAACCAGCGCCUCCUGUUGGACGUGACGCUGAAGAAUAGCUCGGAGAUGGAACAGAAAGGACUGCCAAAGAGCAAAGCUGAGGCUGAGAGGAUGAUCGCCGAACACCAGGACUGGAAGACGGAGAUUGAUGCUCGUGCAGAUCGCAUCGACUCUGUGAGGAGCUUUGGUCAGAGGCUGGUGAAGGCUGGCCAUCGUUCAGCAGAGGAGAUCAAGACGGCCCUGACUAGCCUGGAGGAUGCCAAGAAGGGACUAGCCAAAGCCUGGCAGGACAGGAGGACAAUGCUGGACCAAGCCCUCAGUUUACAGGUCUUCCUGGGCUAUGUGGAACAGAGCGAGAGUUGGCUUAGUAACAAGGAGGCGUUUCUGGCCAAUGAAGACUUGGGGGGCUCCCUGUCGGAGGUAGAGGAGCUGCAGGGGAAGCAGGCUCUGUUUGAGCAGACGCUGGAGGCCGAGAUGGAGCAGGUGGAGGCCGUGCAGCGUCUCUCUCAGCAGCUACAGCAGCAGAAGCACUACGACUCCACCAACAUCCAGAGCAAGAGCAGAGCACUGCAGCUCAGAAAAGACAAGCUGUUGGAGACGAGUCGAGCUCGGCGUCAGGCCCUGGAGGAGUCGCUGCAGCUCCACCGGUUCCUGAGUGGCAGCUCUGAGCUCUGCUCUUGGCUCAAUGAGAAGAAUGUCAUCGCCCAAGAUGAGAACUGGAGGGAUCCCAUCAACCUGCAGGCCAAGCUCCUGAAGCACCAGAGCUCGGAGGCCGAGAUCCUGGCCAACCACACCCAGGUGGAGGCGCUCUCUAAGGAAGGUGAGAGGAUGCUGGUUGCUGGACACCCCGCUGGGCAGAAGAUUACGCCCAGGCUGAAAGACCUGAAGGACAGCUGGACACAGCUCCUGGACAACUGCAAAGAGAAAAAGUCACGCCUCCAGCAAGCCUAUCAGGCCCUGCAGUUCCAGCGCUCCCUGGACGACAUGGAGGAGUGGCUGAGCUCCGUUGAGAAGGACGUCUCCAGCAAGGACUGCGGGACCGACCUGGCGUCUGUCAGCCGGCUACUGAAGGCCCUGCAUGAUCUGGAGGAAGUGGUGGACGGCCACCGGGAGCGGCUCAAGGCACUGGUAGACACCUCCAAGGACUUCUCUGCCCAAGGCAACUUCCUGGCCAAGGAAAUCCAGCAGAGAGUCCAAGGAGCAGUCAACAGAUACAACAACCUGGCCGAUCCCAUGCAACUGCGAAGGGAGACCCUGGAGUCGUGGCACCUGCUGUUCCAGUUCAACCGCGAUGUGGAGGACGAGCUGGCCUGGAUUCAGGACAAGCUACCGGUAGCCUCCUCCAAAGACCUGGGCACAUCACUCCAGAGCACAGAAGCCAUGCUCAAAAAGCACCAGGUGCUGAUGCAGGAGAUCAUGAGUCGCACUCCGCUGGUGCAGGCUGUGCAGGAGGCGGGGCAGAACCUGGUACGCGGGCGACACUUUGCCUCCCGUGAUGUCAACGAGAGACUGGACGAGCUGAAGACCCUCUUUGAGGCCUUGAAGAAGGAGUCGGAGGGCAGGGGCCUACUGCUUCAGGAGGCCUUCAAAAUACAGACCUUCCUCUCUGAGCUGUCUGAGCUAGAGCUGUGGAUGGAGGAGCAGAAGCCAGCCCUGGAGUCCAGAGACUUUGGGAAGAGUGAGGAGGCCACAGAGGCUCUGUUGAAGAAGCUGGACGCUGUGGACCUAGAGUUCGAGAACCACCAGGGGAAGCUGACCUCGCUUCAGAAGAGAGGGGACCAGCUGAAGACCAGUGGCCAUCCUAACAGCCCGCUAGUGAGUAAGGGUCUAGCGGAUGUGGUGGAGCAGUUCAAGGCCCUGCGGCAGCUGUCUGCGACCCGCCGGACUGCCCUCCAGGACCAGCUGCACCUGUACGUGUUUGAGAGGGAAGCUCAAGAGCUGCAGGCCUGGUUCCACACGCGCAUCGCCCAGGCCCAGUUACAAGACUUCGGACAAGACCUUGAGGAUGUGGAGGUCCUUCAGAAGAAGUUUGAGGACUUCUCGGGGGAGGUGGCCUCCCUGGGUCAGCACAAGCUGGGCAGCGUCCAGCAGCUGGGCCAGAAGGUGAGCUCCAGUGGGGCCCAGCUCAGGGAGAAGACUCUGCAGCAGCUGUGGGAUGAGCUCAACCAGGCCGUCAAGACCCGUGCAGAGAAUCUACACUCCGCGCGUGAAGUGCACCAGUUUGACAGCGACGUGGAUGAGCUGAAGAGCUGGAUGAGUGAGAAGGAGGCGGGCCUGGACUCUGAGGAGCAGAACCACAACCUGCUGAGUGUUCAGGCGCUGAUCCGCCAACUUGAGGGUUUGGAGAGAGACCUGCUGGUGAUUGAGGAGGAGGUGCAGCGUCGGCAGGAGGAGGGUGCGGACCUGGUGCGCCGGCUGCCGCAGGUGGGGGAGAAUGUGCGGGAGCGGCUGCAUGAGGUGACCCUUUGCUGGGGGAGCCUGCAGGCCAAGGCCAGCCAGCGGCGCCAGAGGCUACGGCAGGCGGAGGCCGUCCAGAGAUACCUUGCCGACUGGAGGCAGCUAGUGACGUGGAUGAGGGAGACCCUGUCCCUGGUGAGAGGGGAGGGGGUGGGAAGUGAGCCGGGAGACCUGGAGCAGCUGAUCAAAAGGCAUGAGGAGUACCGCACUCAAAUUGACAGACAGCUGGAUCAAUCAGAGGCUGUCAAAAAUGAGGGGCGGAGUCUCAUACGGGAAGGAUUCAUGUGCCAAGAGCUGGAGGAGCGCGUGGUCGAGCUGCAGGAGCUGGAGCAGACUCUGCAGGAGAGCUGGGAGGAGCAGCAGCAGCUGUUGGCCUAUCAGCAGGAGCUGCAGCAGCUGCAGAGGGAGCUUGAGCAGGCCGAGCGCUGGCUCAGCGCCCAUGAGGGCGGCCUCAAGGCCCACAGCUACGGGGACUCUGUGUCAGAUGUAUUGGAGUUGCUGAAGAAGCAGGAGGACCUGGAGGCCAUGAUUGAGGCCCAGAAUGAGAGAUUCAACGCCUUAAAAGAGAGAAAGCUGCAGAUUGAGCUUAGAAUUGGCGAGUCCAAAAAGACGCCUGUGCGAGUUUCUUCGCUGAAACACAAGACGGCGGACCUCACUCUGACUCCGACUCCGAGCGCCCGGACCACCGUGCCUUCUGUGCUCAGGAGCAGCAGCAAGGGUAAAAGUGAUCCCCCAGCCUCUGCCUCCAUCCCCACAGCACAUUUCCUGAGUAAGGCCCCUCCUAAGAGUCCCUCGCUGGCCUCCUCCAGCACGCCAGCUUCACUUUCUCGAUCUCCACUAAGGUCCACCUCGCCCGAGUCCAGACGAUCGGCAACGUUGUUGGAGAAAUACUCAGAGUCUACCAGCUUUACAGAAAAGCAGCCCUCUGGUAGUCCCACAUCCGUAUCUGAGAUACGGUAUCCAUCCCGGAUUUCUUCCCGUGAGCGGGAGCUAUCUUCAGGUGUUACUCCUGGAGAGAGGCCACCCCUCGCCCCAAAGCCAAGGCUAUCCAGCCAGAACCUGAAAUCAGUGCCCUCUGAGCAGCAGAGGCUAGAUGCAGACCCCCCCAAACCAGCCCCUAGGUCCUCUGAGUCGCCAGUCUCAAAUGAACCAUCCCCACAAUCCUCUCAGAAUACAGACCACUCUGGGCUUGCUACUGCUGAGCCUUCCAGGUCUGAGGAAACGCCUGAACUGGCUUCACAAGCCUCUAAGUCUCCCGACCAUCUUGAAUGCUCCAUUGACCUUGACGAGGCUCCACUGCAACAUGCUGAGCCAGUUGCUGCCCGUCCGGAGUCUCCAUGUCCUCCGGAACCAGCCCCUGCUUCCCCAGACCCUGAGCUGGCGGUGGUGUCGUCUGGCUCUGAUUCACUUUCUUCAUCCCAAGAGCUACUGUCCACUUCACCGGACUCAUCUCCGAGACUGGAGGACCUACCAGAGGACGCUGCCAAGUCCAAGCCGAAGCCUGCUCCUCGAAAACAGCCAAACAGAGAUUCCGCUGUACGUAUGGAAGGAAUGUUGGAAAUUAGACUGAAACAUGGAGGAACCAAAGGUGUAGACAAUUGGGAGGCCGUGUAUGCUGUUCUGGAGGGGCAGACUCUGAACUUGUUCAAAGACCAGGAUGCUUCUGAAGAGAAUGUACAGAACACACGAUUUCCUCCUAUUGGUUUAAAAAAUGCCAUAUGUAAAGACAACCCUUAUUACCGAAGAAAGGAGCACACCUUCAAAAUAAUAUUGGAAGACGGAAGUCAUUACAUGCUCUCUGCUGAGAGCGAUGACCAACGGAAAGUGUGGGCCCAGGAACUCAAGGAGAGCAUCUCACCCACUACCUCUCAGGAGCAUUAUGGGAAAAAUUUAUCACUUCAGCAGAGGGAGGUUGCCGAGGCGAGCGCCACAACACAAGCUGAUCCAGACACUGUUGACACAGACAGGCCAAACGCUCUGGCCAAUCAAGCACAAGCUGAGAAUGGACAGAUGGCCAGAGAGCCGCCACCAAAGCCCCCCCACACCUACUACAAUGUACACCGCUAUCAUGAUGAUACCAAAGAUAUGGGGGAUCCUCCAAAGAGCACACUGUCCAGGAACACUCCUCCCUCCGUCCCACCCCCUCAGCCCCCCACAGACACAAGCGGAAAGGACAAAACGAAAAACAAGAGCGUCUUCAAGAAACUCUUUAAGAAAUGAUCCGCCACAAGAGGGCGACAGGCAUCCACGCAGCCCACAGUCGCUCAUCACUGGCACUUAGUUUAAAACCGCAAUAGUUAGGCUAACUGUGAUGGUUUCCGGUUCCCUUUGUUAUAAUUUUCAGAAAGAGUGUUUAAAAUACUACAUCUGGCCUGAAUAAAAUAUGACCGGAUUUUAAAACAGUGAUUUUCAAAAGAAGCUGGGUGAUUCGUUUUUUCAAUCAAAUGAUCGAGCGCAUGUUUACAUGGAAACAUAUUUCAAAAUGUAUUUAUUUUAUCAUCAAAAUCUUGAAAAGAAUAGAAACGAUAUGGUGUGAUCACAGCCUAUAUUUGUGGGUAUAUGCUUUUUAGGUGAAAUAUUUUGCUAUCGUUUUAUUUUUCGAACUGCGAACUGUUUUCAAAUCAGUUUUAAAUUAAAUGAAUAAAUCAACAAAUAUUGAAAACGUGAGAUUCUGAUACAUAUUCCAUGAUCUGAUCCAUAUAAUGUUGUCUAUUCGGCCAAAAGUGUGGUUUCUCUGACCAUAUGGGAAGUUGUGUGGCCUUAUCACCGCAGAUGGACAAUUGCAUUUUUUCGUUCCUUUCUUGGCGUGUCUUAUGUUUAAUAUUAUAAACGCAGGUGCAGAAUCUAUGCUGGUUCGUUUUAAUCAUUGAUUUGGUCACAAAAUAUAAAAAUAUAAAUCAUUAUCAACAA